GCCAGAAUUCCCCCCCCCCCCCUUCGAGAAUAUUUGGAGAGGGUUUCUUUUUUGAUCAUGUCUGACCAGCAGGACUCUCUUCUCUCCCAGAAGUCAUCCGAUUCGGGCCUCCACAUCCAGCUGCACCCGCUUACCCUGCUCACUAUCUCCGACCACAUCACCCGGCAUGCGGCACGGUCUCAACAAGGUCCAAUUAUCGGGGCGUUACUAGGCCAACAAAACGGGCGCGAGAUAACGGUAGAAUACGCAUUCGAGUGUAUCGUGGUGGAAAGCCCCAGCGGCGAAGCGCAACUCCCGAACGACUGGUUCGUUGAACGAGUAAAGCAAUUCAAGGAUGUCCAUAAAGCGCCAACUUUAGACCUCAUCGGAUGGUGGUCAACGGCUCCUCCCUCCGGCCCUACUGCAUCCCACCUCCCCAUCCACCGCCAGAUCCUCCAGAAUCACAAUGAAUCCGCCGUAUUCCUCGCGUUCCAUCCUUCACAGGUACAGGGGGCAUCGAAGAAUGGGGGGAAACUACCCUUGACUGUGUAUGAGAGCGUUUACGAGGGAGAGAGCGUUACCGAAAGUGGGAAGGCCAUGCAGGUAGAUGGCGAGGAACAGUCGUUGAAUAUUCGCUUCCGAGAGUUGCCUUAUACAGUUGAGACGGGCGAGGCGGAGAUGAUUGGCAUCGAUACCGUCGCUCGAACAGCCAGGAAUGCAGCUGCUGUCGAGACAUCAACUACAGGCACCGGUGCUUUGCUACAGAAGGAUACUCAGAAGACUGAGGCUGACAGCAAAGACCAGUCAGCUAGCACAGUUUUACUUUCGCCAGAGGAGGAAGAAAUGAUUGCUAGUUUAAAUACACGCCUGAACGCCAUCCGAACCCUGGAAUCCCGAAUCUCCCUAAUCAAGUCAUAUGUUUCCAGCAUAUCUCCUGAAUGCCGAGAUACCCAAGCCAACCCCGAUACAUAUUUGUGUCACCCGAUUCUCCGAGAUAUUAAUUCCCUUCUUUCUAACCUUUCACUCCUCACACCCCACGAACAAAGUGCCUUCUCGGUAGAGACCCUCGCUCAGAGCAAUGACGUGCACCUGGUAGCUUUGCUUGGACAGCUUAGCCAGAGCAUCAAGGGUAUGCGGGAAGUGGGUAAACGUACAGCCAUUGUGAACAGCGUGAGACGUAACGCUGUGUCUCGAAAGGCUCAAAUGUCCAUGCAGAGCCGAUAUGAAGAUGACAUCAUGGCUCGGGAUGGGAUGACUGGCUGAAUUAGGUUUUUCUCAACGACUGGAGAAUGGAUUCGAUCCUCAUGAUUGGCACCCUGAAUCUCAUAAUGAACGUCGUGGUCCCGUAAUAAAGAUGACGGCUAAUCGACGAAUAAAGAAAUUAAUGAACCUCGUAAGAAUACAUCCAUAAAAUCUAAAUAAAUCAUCAUAUAUACUUGAAGGUGGCUUAAAUAUACAAGCUCAGCAUAUUCCGUCAUCAUGAUUGAGA